AUGCCUUCAACGCGCUCCCAGUUAAAUUUCGUUGGUGACGUCAUGCUCGGCCGCCUCAUCGACCAGUUGCUCCCAAACCAUGUGCGCUGUCCUGAAGACGCUCGACAUGUUGCGCACUUUGUAGCCAUUAACCCUGAGCUGCGCGAUUAUGGGUUCAAAUCGCCGUGGGGUAACACCAUACCUCUCUUCCACUCGGCCAAUCUCAACCUCAUCAAUCUCGAGACAUCAGUUACGAAUCAUCAUAGACCAUGGCCCAAUAAAGUCUUUAACUAUCGCAUGCACCCUAUGAACAUCCAAUGUUUGAAAGAAGCUGGUAUCCACUAUACCUCCCUCGCGAACAACCACACGCUUGACUACUCGGAAGAAGGAUUACUAGAGACCGUCCGAACACUUAAGGAUGCUGGUAUUGCUUUCGCUGGUGCUGGGGAAACCCGUGAUGAGGCGUGCAGACCAGCUAUUCUGAAGCUGCAGGGAGAAGACAAUGAGACGUACUCAGUCCAUGUGUAUUCAGUCUCUGACCACCCCAGCGACUGGAGUACAGUUCUCAACUUUCACCUCAUCGACUACUCGUCCAAAACCCGCAACCACCUCAAAUCUCUUCUUACAUCCUCGGCCUCGCAACCCGACCUCAAGAUCUUCAGCGUCCAUUGGGGACCUAAUUACUCUUGGACACCCUCAAAUAACAUUCGCAGCCUCGCACACUUCCUCAUUGACGAAUGUGGCGUUGAUAUCAUCCACGGACACUCCUCCCAUCAUAUACAAGGCGUGGAGGUAUACAAAGAAAAGCUAAUUAUUUACGGGUAUCGGAACAACAUUUCCGCUAUUUGGAGGGUCACUGUUGAGAAGAGUGAAGAAGAAGACAGGGGAAAAUUGGUGGUGAAGAAGCUGCAGGUUUUCCCAAGCUGCAUCAAACGCUUCCAAGUCAACCUGCUGGAGCAGCAUGACACAGACCACCGCUGGGCUUUGGGGAAGUUCAGAGAGUUGACCGGGGCAUUCGGAACAAAGGUCGAAAAAGCCGUUGGACAAGACGGCCAAAUUGUGGUGGAUCUAACAUCUCAAUGA